AUGGCCGGACCUGGCGCCGCUUUCCGCCGCCUGGGCGCCUUGUCUGGAGCCGGGGCCCUGGGCUUGGCCUCCUACGGGGCCCACGGCGCCCAGUUUCCAGAUGCCUACGGAAAGGAGCUUUUUGAAAAGGCCAACAAACACCACUUCUUACACAGCCUGGCCCUGUUAGGGGUGCCCCAUUGCAGAAAGCCCCUCUGGGCUGGAUUACUUUUAGCCUCUGGAACCACCUUGUUCUGCACCAGCUUUUACUACCAGGCUCUGAGUGGAGACACCAGCAUCCAGACUCUGGCCCCUGUGGGCGGGAGCCUUCUGAUCUUGGGCUGGCUUGCCUUGGCUCUUUGA